AAAUCAAAUGAGUAAAAACAACACAAAAUCGCAGACAGCUGAUUUAUCGAAAUACUGCAAGAGUGUGUUUGCACUGAGUUUUGCCAUUGAAAUUAUUGGUUUAGAUGUAUGGAACGAUUUUGAAAAUGGAUUAUUGGACCUCGGAACAUUUGUGCAAGGCUUUAAAAUACAGUAUCAACUGUAUCACGGACAGACAUUUGACUUAGAUAUACUAGUGUGGCCACACGUAGCUAAGGUUUGGUGCGGCAGUAAAUAUGGUUGGGUGAGAUGUUGGCAGUUCUUAGAACGAAGAUGGCUCAGCUUUUCAAUACGACAUGCUUUUCCUGUGAGAGUGGAGGAUCUACGUGAAUUUAUAGCCACUGUUGUCGUCACACCUGGAUCAACAGCUUUGAGUGCAAUUGCGAAAAAUGAUAAGAAUUUUGAAGUUUAUGUUCCUGUUUUAAAAUUUGGCGAACGCCGAUUCUUCGGACCCGUGCUUCAAAGUGAAGAAAGUAUUAGCAGUUAUUGCGAGAAAAUCAUAUGGGAAAACGUGGAGACAUAUAUUCCAUCUUCUUAUUUCGAUGGGUCAUUUGAUAUUCCACAGCCUAUUGAAGAUGUGAGACAGCAAGAUAAAAUUUUAUAUUAUGUUCGAGAAGCCACAUUAAAUCGAAAUGUAUUUGAAAAAACCGAAGAUGCUGUAACUGUGCCCGAAGAACCAAAAUAUAAGGUCAAGCGUGAUUCUAAACUUAAAGAAAAGAAGAAGACAACUGAUGUGGCAAAAGUGAAGUUUGAGAUAAAGUUAACUGGUGACGCUAUAUUAGCUGGUGUUGGAAGGAUCAUUGCUUUUGAGGUAUCUGGAGAGAGACCGCCUGAACUAGGUGAAGUUAUAGUUUUGUUGUCAAGCAAUAAUUUACCUGCUAAAGAUGACAAACCAAUAGUUUUUGUGAAUAUUGAAAAGUUAUUUGAUGCUCCUGUUAAUGACUUUAAAAAAUUAAGAAUAUCUAAAUUGUAUACCCGUUGGAAAUUAGGAGAGGAAAGUCAUGAUUCUGAACAGCAAACAAUGAAAUUAACGAAAUCAAUAAAUUUUAACGAUCAUCAUGCAGUACCUAUGACUUUUGAAUCAGCUUCUGAAAUUUGUGCAAUUUUCUUAGAUCUCCCUUUUAUAAUUGAGCUUCGAGGAAUUCUGAGUUCAACUGUAAAUGACAAUAAGCCUAUGUUAUUUGGCUAUGAGAAAGCUGACAAAGAUUUUGGAUCUGCUAUCCCGCCCAAAAAAAGAAACAACGACGAUGAUGUUUUGAUUGCUUGCACCAGAAUUGAUGCUCAAUUGUUAGCUAAAACAUCUAAUAACUUUAUUAAAGGAGAAUAUUCAUUAUAUCCGCCAACAACAUCAGUUGUAGAAUCAAAACGUGAAGACCUUUGCACUAACGAUGUCAAUGCUGUAAAAAGGACCUUGAAACCAACACUUUUGGUACCUCCAAGCCUAGUUUUAGAAGCCCAAAUGACAUUGGACGUUUCUAUUGGUGUCGUUGGGUGUCAACCACGUAAAUUAACUGAGUGCUUUUCAAGACUGUUUGCCUUGACAUGUAAUAACAACGCGAUAGAAUCUGCGCUAAAGAUUAUUACAGAAGUUAAUGAAUUAGCCGUGGCAACAGGGCAGCGGGAUCAGUUAUUAACAGGGUUUGUUUUAGAUUCUGGCGAUACGGUUUUAUUAUUUGUUGAAGGACCACGAUAUGGUAAAAUUUUGUACGUAUGGGAAAUGACUGAUGAAUUCAGUUCCGAAAUGAAAGUUAUUUAUUCUAGUUCAGCAAGAUAUUCCGCUAGAAUAUAUGAAGAGAUGCUCACAGUAGCCGUGCCCUUUCCUGUUAUGAAGAUGUUUGUUCCUUUAACCUUACUUUUAGCUUGUCCUCCGGUUUAUGUGCGUCCCGCUCUACCACUACCGGCUCGUGCUGCAGUAUUAAAAUUAGGUCGCCUCUUAGCAAGCAACUUAAAUGUAGUUCCGAGUAGCCUUGACGUACCUACGACAGCGGAACUAAGAAGUUUCAGAUUGGAGUUUUGCGUCGCACCUCUACCUCCGCCCGUGUGUGUCGACACUCAAUUAAUAAAAGACGAACCUGAACUGCAGAAGAGGACGAUAUCACAGGUUGGCACUCGAAUAAAUUGGGAUAAGUAGCUGCUGUCUUUCCAAUUCUAAUCUCAUUUUUUCCGAUUAUCCCGAUUUUUUUAAUUAAAAUUUGAGUAAUAUGUGGUUUUGAAUAAAAAAUUAUUUCAAAAAUCUUUACUUUGCAACACGUACGUAAAAAAGGUAACCGAAAGAGGCUUGGGAUUUCUUGUGCGUUGCUUGGCAGAGAAAUGUAGUAACUUAAAUUACCUCCGGUAAAAGAAUUUCUAUAAUGUUUGUUUUUUUGUUUUCCCUACCUAAUCGUUGGUAGUCUAGGGGGCUAUUCCACUUAUGUUCGGACUGGUAGGUGAGCUCACGGGUUCAACCUGAGAGAGAAAAUUUAUUAACACUAGCCCUAGCAAGCAUAGUGCUUCGCUAAGUCUACCAUGUGACUCACAUAGGAGGUCCAGCGAGAAACUCAGUAGGACAAAGGACGAUCGCUUUUUCUUGGUUCAUUCAUUUUUGUUUUAACUAACCCAGUGCUUAAUAAGCUAUGUUUAGUUGAACUCAAUCCCAGUAAACUUGAAAUGUUUUUUGUUAAAUAGGUCAUUUGAGCAGACCUUUUGAUUGCUCUAACCGUUGAAAUAGUCAUUAAAUGAGUCCUCAGUAGCUUAAAGAAAGUUAAAAUUAUUUUGGUUGUAGAUAUGUUUAUAUUAAACACUAAAUUUAAAAGCGUAUCUUCUGAAUAUUUAAGUAAAGUUUAAUAAUAAUAAUUUUAAUUAUUGAUCCCUUCUGUGAGUAAUAUGUUAUCAAUAUUAAUUCAAUAACUAUUCCUCGAUGUCAUUGUAUAUUACAAUUUUUAUUGAACAGAAGCUAUAUUCAACUGAUGUAUGUUAAUCUAAACUACUAUUCGAAUUAUCAUUUUUAUUAAUUUAAAACAUAUUGUAUGUUUAUUUUUUAAUAAUAAAUGUGCUAUUGUGUAUCAUUUACCAGGAUCAUUAUAAUUUGUAUUGUUCUUUUGAUCAGUUAAUGUGAUUAUUGACUUAUGUAAAUUUGAAAGGUGAACUUGAUGUGAUGAUUGACUUUUGUAAGACAAAAGGUGAACACGCUAUACUGGAAUGAAUGAUUGAUCGGUCUGAUACUAGGUACCGACAGAGGAUCGGCGCCGCAAUACGAAUUGAUUUGUGAUUGUUAGGCAUUAACUAAUCUUUAAUUAAUUUAAUGAAUCUUUUAAAAGUCUUGAUAUGUUUCCUGUUCUUUUUUUUGUUGCUUUGUUUUGUAAUUUAGACUUGGAAUAAAUGUUUAUUAUUAUUAUUUAUUA